CUUACAAUCCCGGAACAGGCGUUAAUCCAGGGAAGGCAGUGGCAAGAUGGCGUCCCUGGAUCGGGUGAAGGUACUGGUGUUGGGAGACUCAGGUGUUGGGAAAUCUUCAUUAGUCCAUCUUCUAUGCCAAAAUCAAGUACUGGGAAAUCCAUCAUGGACUGUGGGCUGCUCAGUGGAUGUCAGAGUUCAUGAUUACAAAGAAGGAACCCCAGAAGAGAAGACCUACUACAUAGAAUUAUGGGAUGUUGGAGGCUCUGUGGGCAGUGCCAGCAGCGUGAAAAGCACAAGAGCAGUAUUCUACAACUCUGUGAAUGGUAUUAUUUUCGUACACGACUUAACAAAUAAGAAGUCCUCCCAAAACUUGCGUCGUUGGUCAUUGGAAGCUCUCAACAGGGAUUUGGUGCCCACUGGCGUCUUGGUAACAAAUGGGGAUUAUGAUCGAGAACAGUUUGCUGAUAACCAAAUACCACUGUUGGUAAUAGGGACUAAACUGGACCAGAUUCAUGAAACAAAGCGCCAUGAAGUUUUAACUAGGACUGCUUUCCUGGCUGAGGAUUUCAAUCCAGAAGAAAUUAAUUUGGACUGCACAAAUCCACGGUACUUAGCUGCAGGUUCUUCCAAUGCUGUCAAACUCAGUAGGUUUUUUGAUAAGGUCAUAGAGAAGAGAUACUUUUUAAGAGAAGGUAAUCAGAUUCCAGGCUUUCCUGAUCGGAAAAGAUUUGGGGCAGGAACAUUAAAGAGCCUUCAUUAUGACUGAGUUACACUCAUCCUUUGGAAGAGAGAGCAAGCAGUGGCAAUUUUUCACAGCUUUCCUCUUGCUGUGUUCAGUUAUUACCGUCACAGCCUUUUGACGAAAUCAUCUUAAAUGCUACCCUUCAGCCUCACCCUUUAAUGGAAAAAUGAAAGGAAGUGACAACACAGGAGGUCCAAACUUUGUCCCUGUUCUCUGUGUUCCUUACCUUUCUGUCCCUGUGUAUAGAUUAUGUAAAAGCCUUGUGGAAAUAUGAGAUGAUGUCAAAAUGAUGCAGUAAAUGAGCAAUGACAGUGUACUGCAGAGAAAAUUUACUCUUGCCUACAACGGGAGGGUUUUUACGGGUCUGUAAUUUUUCCCCACACAUUGCUGAAAGCUUAAUUAAGUACUUCAAAAAUGGAUCUCCAUUGUUUUACCUUCUUGAGGGAAAAGGUCUUGUUAACCAGCCCUGAGUUGUCCACCCCAAACAAUCUUUGUCAUUUUCAAAGAUGCAAGAUCGUGUUAUUUAAUUGUCUCCACCCUCUCACACACAGGAGUGCCUAAUAAUAGCAAUCCUUGUCUCCCUCUUCUCUCCUUUGCAAAUGGCUCAGUGACUGGAAGAGGCGGACUGAUAGCCAGAGUUAAAUAUAAAUACAAAUUAAUAAUACAUAGAGAACAGCAAUACCAGAAAAAAAGAAUUCUGGUAAAAUGAUGUGAAAAAUUGGCAACUCCCUCACUCUUAAGGUUGUUGCUGUAUGCAGUCUAGGCUUUCUGUUUGGAAAUAGGUAGGGCAAAAUCUAAUACCUGCACAAGGGCAAUGAGGGACAUGUACAGCCUCCUCUCCAUUUUUUUUUUUAAGGAAAAGUCAACUCCUGAAAUGUCCCUUAGCUAUAGUCAGAAAACUGAGAAUAUUAUUCUUGUGUCAACAAUGUAUUUAUGGAGAGAAGUAAAAAUAGGUUCCACAGCAACACAUUUACAUGAAUUAUGAACUAGGAUUCUUGGAUUUCAUAAUCACUCCAAAGCUUUUUGGGGGUGGGGUGUGUGUGUGUGUGUGUGUGUGAGUGUGUGUGUGUGUGUGUGUCCAUAAUUGUUCAUCAUUUUGUUAACCUAUCUUUUUGCUUGCUUAAUCUUCUCUGUCCCAGUUCUUCCUUAGUAUGUGAAUUUGAUUUCUAAAAACAAUUUAUUCAACACUUUAUCACCCAUAUUCUCUCUCUGGCUCUGCUGCAGGUCUCUGCACUCCUGAUUUUGCUCCAUACUUUUAAAUAAUAAUAAUAAAUAUACAGUUUUCAUUUCUCAUUUAAAACUUAGGUGGAAAACACCAAAUUCACUUUCUAUUCCAUUUUAAUUAGGUUUCAGAAGUACGUUGGAAAUCAAGGUAUGCUGCAAGAGGAUAUUAAAAUAAGAAUGCUAGAGAGUCCUUUUAGAAAGGCAGUCUUGGGAAUUUGGAAAAGGAUUUUUAAAGCAGCUUUCAUCAGCUUGACUGUUCUUCAGACUUUCUUCACUUCCUCUUUGAAAGGACAUAGCCCUGGUUUCUUUUUGACACAAAGGAAAGCUAUGCAAAUCAUGAUCUAUAUGUAGAAUUGGUCACAAGUGUGUUGUGGCAUAGGCUAUAGAGUUGGAAAGUGGAAACCAAAUGCUACACAGAGACCUAACCCAACUAAAGCUCUUUGUAUUUCUCCUUUAAGAAAUAAAUCAAAUGCCUUCCUUCCCUCUGCUUUCUUCCUCUUUCUUUUAAUUUAAAAAAAAAUUCAUCCUGAUUUUUUUAUUUUCUAUCUUAUUUAAAAAAUAAAAAUAGGCCAGGUGCAGUGGCUCACACCUGUAAUCCCAACACUUUGGGAGGCCGAGGCGGGUGGAUCACUUGAGAUCAAGAGUUUGAGACCAGCCUGGCCAACAUGGCAAAACACUGUCUCUACUAAAAAUACAAAAAUUAGCCAGGCCUAGUGGCACACACCUGUAAUCCCAGCUACUCGGGAGGCUGAGGCAGGAGAAUCACUUGAAGCCAGGAGGUGGAGGUUGCAGUGAGUCAAGAUCAUGCCACUGCACUCCGGUCUGGGUGACACAGUGAGACUCCAUCUUAAAUAAAUAAAUAAAUAAAGUAAACCAUUGCUGAUGACUCCAGGGUCAAUCUGGAAAAAUUAACAGUAUUCCUCAACUCCAUUUCUUUCUGCAGCCAAGCUUGAGUCCUUGAAUUAUAGUUUUCUAAGAAAAAAUAGUUUUUAAUAAUCUAAGGUAAAUUUGUUUCAAUUAUUAGCAGCAGCAUAAUAAGGCUUUUGCACAAAUGACUGUUAUUAGCUAGAGUUCUUCAAAAAAGCAUGAAGCAUAAUUUUUGCUAGGACUUCUUGAGAACUAUUGGUAAAAAAUGCUUUUAGAUAAUAAACGAGUAUAAAUGUCAAAAUAUUUUUUAAAAAGUAUAAUUGGACGGGUGCUGGCUCACGCCUAUAAUCCCAGCACUCUAGGAGACUGAGGCCGAAGGAUCACUUGAGCCAAGGAGUUUGAGGCUGCAGUGAUUCAUGACUGCACCACUGCUUUCCAGCAGCCUGAUGAUAGAGUAGGACUCCAUCUCUUUACAUAUGUAUAUCUUACUCUCUUGAUGGGACAAGUUGGUAGCAAUAAAGAUUUUUUUUUUUUUUUCUGUUGUGUUUUCAGUGUCUAACCAAUGAAGGUGACCAGAUGUGAAGGCAUAUCUAUGACUACUUCUCUGUCCCUUGGGUGGAUAAGACUUAGUUGGAAUCCAACUAAAGAUUUGGGCUGGUCUCUCCAUCUUAACGUUGAUGGGAUUCAGGACACAUAACCCCAAAAUAUUGCACCAUGAUAUUUGAGAAAACUGCAGAAGCAAGGUUUCUCAUACCUUCUUCUUACCCCUUCUCCCCUGAAGCAGGCCAUAAAACCUAAGUGACUGUCCCCUGAAGUAGAUCAUAAAACCUUCAUUCCAUAGGUACCCUAUAUCCUCACAGAUACAGAGACACCAAGAAGAAUCUGGACAAAUAGGACUUGCUAAGUUCUCCAGUUUAUUACCAUUAGAUUAUGUCCUUUUGUCCUCUGAUUAUACUUCUGCAUGAGACUGUAAGUUUUCCUGUUUCUUUUGUGUCUUCAUUUCUGAAGAUUCCUGUAAUGUAAAACUUACGGUAAAUAAAUUUGUGUGCUUUUCUCAAU